ACGACGGACCGACUUGGAGUAGCGCACACGCACACAUUUCUACCUACUUCUGCUUUCCUGCAAGAAUCGUGAGAUAGUGAUAACUGAAUUCCAUCGGCUGAAUCUGAAAUUAUUCUGUGGACGAAAAAAGAAAAUUUGCAAAAAUGGCACUCAGCGACGCAGAUGUACAAAAACAGGUGAGUAAAAUUCCAAAAUGAAGGAUGAACUUAGAUUAUCGUUUGGUGAUUUUUAAGUGAUUAUCCAAUAUAAAUUAAGAACAAUUGAAUGAAAUAUCUAAUGUGGCUGUAGUAAAUUAAAAGAUAGUAGUAGCAAAUUUGGCAGCCAUCAUGUCAUGGGAUGUGUGUCAUGUGAAUACGACUAGAAUGUAUGAUAAAUUGUAAAUAAAAAUUAUGUGCUCGUGCGUCGUUUACUAAUGGAUCCUAUAGCUGUCCAAUAAAUCGGUUAUAAUUUAUAUAAUUGUUUCAAAGGCCCUUAUAAAUUUUUUUUUGUAAAUUUUUUCACAUCCAAUUGGGAAAUUGUGAGUUUAAAUAUCAAUGGUGCUAGUCAUGUGACUAACCGAAGGUUAUGCUAUAGGUGCGAAAGAGACAGCACAAUUAUAAAUGCAUGCUUAAUUGCUUACGAAAGGUAGUUAUCUCAUUUUAGUAAGUGUCAAAUGCUAAUAAUUUGUAGAAAUUUAGAGUGGGGAAAGUAACAAUGGUUAUUAAAAUAGCUCUGGAUAUCUUAUUGGAUUGACGAUAGUGGUGAAAAUCUGUUAUCACAUAUUUGUAAAUAAGACGCUUGUCUAGGAGAUGAAUCUGGCAGUAGAUGAUGUUUAUUUCAAUUAUAAUUACCGAAAAAAUCUAGAAAAUAGUGCUAGUAAAUAUGAGAUUUUUAUAGAAGGCGCUUUCGUGUGCGCUACACAUUUUUAAGCUUUUAACAACGAAUCAUGUGAUUAAACAGUAUGUGUAAACUGUUAUUUUUUUUUGUUAUUUUUUUUUUUCCAAUUGUUAAUCGAAAUACCUAUAAUGUAUAUAUUUUUGUUUCAACACAGAUUAAGCAUAUGAUGGCUUUCAUUGAGCAAGAAGCCAAUGAAAAAGCUGAAGAAAUUGAUGCUAAGGCCGAGGAAGAAUUUAACAUUGAGAAGGGACGUCUUGUGCAACAACAACGCCUUAAGAUCAUGGAGUACUAUGAAAAAAAGGAGAAACAAGUUGAACUUCAAAAGAAAAUUCAAUCGUCGAAUAUGCUGAAUCAAGCUCGAUUGAAGGUACUGAAAGUGCGUGAAGAUCAUGUACGCAAUGUGUUAGAUGAAGCACGUCGUCGCCUUGGUGAAGUUACCAGGAAUCCCAGCGAAUACAAAGAGGUUUUGCAGAAACUUAUUUUGCAAGCGCUGUACCAGGCCAUGGAGCCGAGUGUCACCCUACGCUGCCGUCAGGCCGAUAUUGGUCUAAUAAAUGAAGUGCUGCCGGCCACUGUUGCGGAAUAUAAGCAACAAAUUGGCAAAGAUGUAAAUGUACAUAUUGAUACGGAUAAUCAUCUUUCGGCAGACACAUGCGGUGGAAUUGAGUUGAUUGCGCUCAAUGGACGUCUAAAGGUACCCAACACCCUGGAGUCCAGAUUAGAAUUAAUUGCGCAACAACUUGUGCCAGAAAUUCGUAACGCUUUGUUCGGUCGCAAUGUCAAUCGUAAAUUCACCGAUUAAAUAUUUUAAGUGUACACACUAUAUGCAACAAACAAACCCAAUAGACACAUAUAGUUAAACGAAGAAAAGCAGAAAUGAAACACUAACAGAAAAGGUAGUUGAAUGCGGGUUUUUAAUUUAAUUUUAUAAAGAAACAAAAAAAAACAUUUACUGAAAAUUAAUUGUUAGCUAAAAGAGUCAAAUUUAAAAGCGGAUGGAAGAAAUGUUGAAAAGAGCUGGGAAUGUAAUGUUGUGGCAUGAAAACAGUGUUUGAUAUAAAAAAAAAUAAGACUCCUAGUGAGUUUCUUGGAAUCGAAAGAAGAGAAGACAAACCGAAUGACCUCCUAACAAUUAUUGUGAAUAUAAUUUAGAAAUCAAACUGUGAAAGUGCUAGUACGCUUUAUAAUAAUAUUCCAUUCAAUAAUUUGCUGCCGUUGCAAAGUAUACAAUUUAUUUAUGCAUAUAUAAAGUACGCAAUACCUUGUGCAGUUUAAUUAAAUCUACGUUAACGCACUUCUAUGGGGAUGUAUGCAUUGCUAUUUAAAACACAAAAUAUUAAAGCAAAAACUAAAAAUUGGAACAGACGGCAAACAAUUAGUAAACCAUCAUAUUUGAUAUAUUUUGAGUUGUAUAACUAAAUACAAAUAAAAAUUCAUAAAGAAGCAUUAAACUAUCUAAUAACAAAAACAUAUUCAUAAAUUGUAUAAAAGCAAUACAUACUCACACGUUAUAUAUACAUUCCUGUACAAAAAAAAAUAUGCUCGCUUAAAAUUUUGAAUGAUUGUUUUGUUCGGAUGCGGAAGUGGUAACGAGCUAAUAGUUUUACUGAUACUGCAGCUUUAUCAGCUCUUCUUACAUGCUCUUGGUUCUUCGAACUUUUAAUGGAAAUUUAAAACAGUUUUUCAUGUUUUUUUCUCUAUAACACCGGGUUUUGUAACUUCUAUUUUGAUUUCCUUUAAUUAUAUUUUAUUUAGAUAUGCUGCACUUUAAUCAUGUUUAUUGUCUAAUGUUAACCCACUUAUAUAACUGUAGAGAAGCUUGUUUAGAUGUAACAAAAACUUUAUAUUACAACACUACGAGCACCACAUUUAUUCACCAAAAUAAGUGCGGCAGGCGGCAGUAGCAUCAUAUGGAUAAACAUGUAAAAUUAUUUUUUGGCCGACAUUGUAUUAAUUUAUACGGCACGUGCAGGCAGAACAGAAAUGAGCAGUGUAAUAUAUUUUCGUAAUUUGCGGUUGUUAUAAAUAUGUAGUAUGCAAAAUGUGAAAUGCGCAAAAUUCGUGCUCUUAACAUGUUCUUAAAUGGUGGGCAAAAAAAAAAAACAAAAACCAACCUCAGCAUUGCCGCAUUUCAAACACUGAAAUAAAUGCUCUUCAUGUUGCAUAUUAGCAGAACAGAACAGUGGUUAAUUUCACUGUGCGAAAUGCAGCGCUCCACCAGCAAGAUGUGUUUUGAAAACGAAUUUUUUUCGCGAUGUUUGUGAAAAGCGAGAAAAUCAAGUAGUUGUUUGUUUGUUGGUUGAAAAAAAAUAAGUGUUGGGGAUUUUACAAUUAAAAAUUUUUUCUACUACAAUUUUCGUGCGUAUAAGAAGGGUGUUUUAGUAGUGUUGUUUUCAAAGUAUUUGCAAGUACUUAAAAAUUUCGUUGUGUUGCUUUUUUGGUGGUAACUCACUAAUUUAUUCAUUAUAAUCAGUGUGUGUAUAUGUUUACCACAGUUUUUAGUAAUCUAAAUGUUACAUUAAACAAUAAUUAAAAAUGUUGGAAAUAUUGCUACUGCAAAUUAAUAUAUAAAUGUGCAAUAUUAUAUUAUAUAUUAUAACUCUGCUUCCAACACUACUGCAUUGCAUAGAGUUAUGCCGAAAAUUACAAAUUAUUUUGCUCAGUACGCAGCCUGCCGUGUGGCCGAUAUUUAAUGUGGUACAGAGAAUCUUUAUAAGUUAAAAUAGUUUUUUUUUUGUUUUUUUUAGAGAUUGAUUUGUUCUUGCUCUUCUUUCGACUUUCUGUUAAUUUUUAAAAGUAUUUUCUUUAUAAAUGUAAAAAAAAUGUUGCUUUUUGGCCAUAUGUGUAAACAAAAUAUUUAACAAAACAUAAAAAAAAAGUUGUAUCUUUGUUUUUAAAUCAAAAAUUGUUAGCAUAUAGUUAAUAAAUACAAUAUUAAGAACUAACAUACAUACGCCCAAGUUAAACUUAUGUACAUUAAAAAGCGAGCGAUAAUGGGGCAAUGUGUUAGAUUUGUAGUUGUCAUCAUUGUUCUAAAAUAGUAUACAUAUACACCUGCAUAUAUACAUACAUAUAAAAUGAUAUUUAAUAAUAAUAAUAAAAAAUGAAUAAAAACAGUAUUGGAUUGCAACAAAGCGUUCGGAAAUGGAAACAAAGCAAA